UCAUAACUGCGCAUGUCCGUUUCGUGUCGGAUAAACACUGAGCCUUUAGCAGCAAGCAGAUAUCUGGAGAAUUAAGAGUCACAUUCAGGUGUGGCCAUGGGGGGUUCUCUUUCCCUCUUCUCGAAGCAGACGGAACGCGAUGACGGUCAAGACUUCCUCACCUCUCCUGUGGAGGAUUCCCAGUCCGAGGACGGGAAGGGAGGAGACGUCUCUCAGUUUCCGUACGUGGAGUUCACGGGACGGGACAGCGUGACGUGUCCCACAUGUCAGGGCACGGGGAGGAUCCCCAGAGGACAAGAAAAUCAACUCGUGGCAUUGAUUCCUUACAGUGACCAACGGUUGCGGCCAAGGAGGACGAAGUUGUACGUGUCGGCGUCAGUGGUUCUCUGCCUCUUGCUGUCCAGUCUGGCCGUCUUCUUCCUCUUCCCUCGCUCCAUCGACGUUUCCUACGCCGGAGUGAAGACGGUUUUCGUCAGCUACGACCAAGACAAGCGCAGCGUUUAUCUCAACAUCACGAACACUCUGAACAUCACCAACAAUAACUAUUACUCGGUGGAGGUGGCCAACAUCACCGCUCAGGUCCAGUUCGCAAAGACGGUGAUCGGAAAAUCUCGCAUCACUAACACCACUGCCAUCAGUCCUCUGGACAUGAAACAGAUUGAUUAUAUGGUCCCCACCAUCAUCGCAGAUGAGAUGAACUACAUGUAUGAUUACUGCACUCUGCAAACCAUCAAGGUCCACAACAUCGUCGUGAUGAUGCAAGUGACCGUCACCACCACGUAUUUCGGUCACGCAGAGCAGGUGUCUCAGGAGAUGUAUCAGUACGUGGACUGCGGAGGAAACACCACCUCCAUCAGAGCGAUGAUUUCCUGUUGAGUAAACGCCUCCGCUGUCCUCCUGCUGCUGACGCUAGCCUCGAAUGUUUCACCGUGUUUUCUCUCCUCCUCCACCUGCAGCGUCUAACUAACAAAAACUCAAUACUAAAAUAAUUCCAAACUAAUGUCAGAAAGUCACGUUUUUCAUGGAAACAUUUUAUUCAGCUUAGAAAUAAGCAAAAACAUUCCCUUUGUUUUUGUUACAAAACUUUAUUUCACAGAGAAGAGUUUAAAAUGUGUCUGAUGCGUCUAGAGAGACAAAUCUGCCAAAGUUAAAAAGCUAUCAGUCUUUGAAUGUCAUAAUUUUUUUCCAGACACCCAUCAGUGUUAAACUUUACUGCCCUGAAGUUUUCAAUAAUGAGUCUGUGAUAAUAAUAUUUCAUAAUGUUACAAUUCACUUAGCAGACGCUUUUAUCCAAAGCGACUUACAUCAGAGAGUAAGUGCAACACUAAUCAAUUCAUACACCGCCACUGAAGCAGCGGGAGCAAUGCAGGGGUUAAGUGUCUUGCCCAAGGACACAUCGGACAUGUUGCUCAGCUGGGGAUCAAACCCUCGACCUACUGGUCGAGAAGCGACAACUCUACCCACUGAACCACAGCCGCCCCUGUUUGCCACUUUACUACAACCCUAAUUACAAAAAGAGGUUUGG